UCAUACCUAGCUUUCUAUCCUAUAUCAUGUCUCAAAAUAUAAUAGCUUUUCUUACAUAACAAAACCUAGUUAUUAUAUCUUUCACUUCUCAUUUCACUCAAAAACUUCAAGAAACCAACAAACACAUGCACGUCCACAUGAAAGCUGAGUUAAAAGCAACAUCCAUUUCCUUUCAAAACCCUUCACUCUUCACCACAAUCACUUCCCCUCCACCACUUCCUCAACCAGAAGCACUUAAAGGCUGUCUUGGAAGCCUAGAUGGAGCAUGCAUCGAAAAGCUCUUACUCCAUUGUGCAAGUGCUUUGGAAAGCAACGACAUAACCCUAGCUCAACAAGUCAUGUGGGUCCUAAACAACGUUGCUUCACCAUUAGGUGACACUAACCAAAGACUCACCUCAUGGUUUCUAAGAGCUUUAAUCUCUAGAGCUUCAAGAAUUUGUCCAACUUCAAUGAAUUUCAAAGGAAGUGACAUUAUUCAAAGACGGUUGAUGUCGGUCACCGAACUCGCCGGGUAUGUUGAUCUUAUUCCUUGGCAUAGGUUUGGAUUUUGUGCUUCAAACAAUGAAAUUUUCAAAGCUAUUAAGGGAUUCAAAAGGGUGCAUGUUUUAGAUUUUAGCAUAACUCCUUGUAUGCAAUGGCCUACUUUUAUAGAUUCUUUGGCUAAGUUACAAGAAGGCCCUCCUUCACUUAGAAUCACAGUUCCAUCUUUUAGGCCAAUGGUUCCACCUUUGGUUAAUAUAUCAAUACAUGAAGUUGGUCAACGUUUAGGUAAUUUUGCAAAGUUUAAGGAUGUCCCUUUUGAGUUUAAUGUUAUUGGAGAUAAUGUUCCGAAUUCGAUGGCAUCGGAAGAAUCGAGGAAUAUUGAAUCAACUAGCUUUAAUUUUGAAUCAAUGUUGAGUCUCUUGAAUCCUAGUAUGUUGAAUCUUAGGGAAGAUGAAGCUUUGGUUAUAAAUUGUCAAAAUUGGCUACGUUAUUUGUCGGACGAUCGAAAGGGUCAAAAUAUUUCGAUUCGAGACGUUUUUAUGAAUUUAGUUAAAGGACUUAACCCUCAAAUUGUGCUAUUGGUUGAUGAGGAUUGUGAUCUUAGUUCAUCAAGUUUAACAUCAAGAAUAACUGCUUCUUUUAACCAUUUAUGGAUACCCUUUGAUGCUUUGGACACUUUUUUGCCUAAAGAUAGUUGUCAAAGGACAGAAUUUGAAUCUGACAUAGGGCAGAAAAUUGAGAACAUUAUAAGCUUUGAAGGGCACCAAAGGAUAGAGAGAUUGGAGUCAGGGAUGCAAAUGUCACAAAGAAUGAAAAACGUUGGUUACUUUAGUGUUCCAUUUUGUGAUGAAACUGUUGUUGAAGUUAAGGGUUUGCUUGAUGAACAUGCUAGUGGAUGGGGAAUGAAAAGAGAAGAAAACAUGUUGGUUCUUACAUGGAAAGGAAAUAGUUGCGUGUUUGCGACUGCUUGGGUCCCUAGUGAAAUUAGGGAUCAUAUCGGUAUUUGAUACAUGCAUAUCUUAAAUCAUGAGUUUAGAUAUGCAGUCGCACAAUCACACACAUUCACACAGUCAGUAGUCUGAAUCAUCUAAUCUGAAUAACUUGUAUUUUAAUUUCAAUAGGUCUGAUCUAAAUUAGUCAAGUUUCUCAUGUCACAAUAGAAAAUUAUGAUGGUAGAAAAUUUGAAUCCCUUAGAAAGGCAAAAAGGAAGAAAGAAAUGUAUGUUGUCCUAUGUAUGAGAAAAUGAUGUC